AUGUCGGCUAUUCCCAAAAGGACACAGGCUGUGAUCCCUGUAAGCAUUUCAGCUGUUCUUGGAGCGUAUCUGCAGGCUAAUGCAACAAGGACACGUACUUCUAAAUCUUCAGAAAGAAAGGACCUGAAGCACACGCUAAAAGAUACUCAGACUGCUGCUAUGGAAUUGAGGAGGCCUUUAGAGAAUAAUGAAAGACACUGGAAAGUAGAAAAGAUGGAAUUAUUGGAACGAUUUGAUAGUGAAAGGAAAGAAUGGGAAAGUCAGUGGAAAAUUAUGCAGAAGAAGAUUGAGGAGCUUUACCAGGAAGUGAAACUGAGGAGGGAAAAUAAACUGAAUGGUUAUGAAGAAGGUCUCACUGCUAAAUCCCUGCAGUUAUCAGUGCCUAUAUACAAUUCUGAACCUAGAAAUUCCAGUGACAAGGCAAGACACAUGUUGCAAAGCACAGAUAAAAAGAUGGAUGUUAGUAGCAUAGCAGUUCCUAAAAACAGUCCAAAGCCAAAGGAGAAGAAACCACACACACUAGAAUCCUCACAUCCACAGCACAAUGUUCUGAAACUGGAACCUGAAAAGUACCUUUCUACAAAAAUGUCCAAACCGGAGAACGAUGCACUAAAUGAUGCCCUGAGAGAGAUUGCCCGAGUCAGUGAGGAACUGUGUAAAUUUCAAGAUGAAAUUCGUGGGAGAUCCAACUGUAAAAGGAUGGGUACCAAUUUAGCUGCUUGUGGGAACUAUGAUGCCGGCGCUAAAGAUUUCAAAAUAGACAAGAACAUGCCAUCUUCUAAAGUAUCAAAAACCAAUGAGAGGUCCACCGAGAAUUAUGUCAACAACCCUGUGAUAUUGAAUUCUCUCAGUCAGCAAUCAGAAAUAGGUGGCACAUCCUUGGUUUCUCACGAGUCAUCGUUUCCACCUUCAUAUUUCUCGAGCAACAUUGCAAGUCAGUUGUCCUCUGCAAAUGAGUCAUAUGAUACUUAUGAAGGCUGUUCUUCUGUGUGCUCUAAUGUAAACAGUUAUCAUGUGGUGACUAGCCACAGUGAUGCUGUGGGAAAAAAUGACAAUGGACUAUGCCAUGUAAGCUGUUUAUAUGACAUUGGAACACUUGACAAAUCAAACCCAGUAAAAUCUUUCCUGGACAACAUUGCAGAUUAUGACAGUUUAGUUUUUGAAACUGAUGCAUGGAAUUCCACCAUGUCAAUUUCCAGGUUGCCCUGCUCUAACUUCUGUUCUGAUGAAAUCAUGUCAGAACACUAUCCUAAUGCCUCCGAAUUCAGACCUGAAAUGGCAACGAAUGGAAAGCUAGCAGCAAAGAUUGAUGAAUUCAACAGAAUGGUUUUUAAGACAGAAAAAGGAAGCAAAGUUUUUCAUGAGCCCUUAUUUGACAUGUGUCAUCCUGCAAAGCAGGAGCCUUGCAUUCACUUGCUGGGUGACAGUUUGGCCACUGCUCAGACCAAUGCUGAACCAGAUAAUGAGGCUGAAAUGACUGUGGAAUCCUAUGAAAACAGUACAAUACAGAGUGUAAAAUCUAAAGUCCAAAAGUGGCAAGCAAAUGGAUCUCACAGCAGAAGCAGCUACCAAAACAUGCUGCUAGAGCACAAUUGGACACCAAGCAACUUGUCAGGGAGACCGCGAUCUGCAGAUUCUAGGUCCAACUAUGGUGUUGUCGAAAAGCUUUUAAAGAGCUAUGAGAACAAGGCUCCAAAUCAUAAUUCUAAACAUGUUUUAAGGAAGAGGACAAAUUCAGAUUUCCUUCUGACAGAUGCUAACUCUGAAAAAUUGACUCGGUGCUUAGAAAUGCUCCAGAUUGACCAAGUAACCACAAGCUUUAAUAAUGACGUGCCUACUCACCGGCAUCUACGGGAAACCCCUGAAUGCAUUAAGCUACCAGAGGUAAAUGUAUGA